AUGGAAGCUGCCCAAGCUCUUUUAUGGGGGCAGCGAUCGCUGAGUGAGCGCUUCGGCGCUUUGCAGGGUCGCGAGCUACAAGAGAGGGUUUUCCAGACGUACCAGGUUCCAGAAUGCAACGAGGGGCUGGUGUCCGUUCCGUGGUUCAAGAAUGGCAGCCGCAACAUCGUCCGGCACAGCAUCAACAGCCGUAAACAGGCGUCCGUCAAGGCCUUGUACAUGAAGGGCAUUCUGACCCACGGAAUCAUGACGGGCUGCAGAGGGGAGGCGUGGCUCGUGGCGAGUGAAGCCUUCUACGACGCCAUCGACCAAGCUCCAAACAAUGCACAGGUGCUCGCCACCCUGAAAUUCGGGCUGCAAGCCCGUGUGCUGUACGCAGACACGCCGGCAGACGUGCUCACGCAUGAUACUGAGUAUUUGCGGGAUGUCAACAAUCGUUGGCAUGGCGGUGCCAACAUCUCCUUCCACGAGCUUGUCAUGGGAGCCGAUGACGUAGACCAGGCUAGGAGUGGGGGGAAUUCCAACUAUCACGAGGAGAUGAUGUCCUGGCUCGCGUCCAGCGAGUUUAAGGACACUGUGGCAUUGGAGAUUAGAACGGAAAAGUACUCUGCCCAGAGCUUCAAGACAGCGCGGGCUCUCCGCAACAAGCUCAAGUCGUUUGGCAUCUUGAAAGACUGGGACGAAUUCUUCGGCUCGGAGACGGACUUUCUGAAUGAGAACCUAACCAAGCACGAACAUGUGAUGAGCAACAUGAACAGUUUUGCCACACUACUGGAUUCACGAUUCAGCGGUCAGAGCAAUUCUGACUUGGGACCCGUGUUGCUGGAAGCCUGUAAGUUUUGCGUCGGGGUUCCAUUGAUGCAAGUCCAGCUCGGUGGCAAAAGCCGUCGUCACCCACCGUUCAUCUUCGUGAAGGGCGCCGAGUCCCAGAUGUUCCAAGAGUGCCAGGAGAGACUUUGCUGUCCGGUGGCUGGUGCAUUGUUCAUUCGGAAAUUGAGCACAGCCGGUGCCGCUGCUCAAGCGGCUGGUAAUCGGAAAAGAGCGUUGGUGCCAGACCUUUCCCCUGCAGUGCAGAAGCGUGCAAAGGCCAAAGCCAAAGGCCAACCGAAGUCGAAGGGCAAGGCUGCCAAGCAAGUUUUGGCGCCCGGGGAGUCAGCGCAAACUUUGGAGGCCGACGUGGAGUUCGCGCCGCUGGCCAAUGCGAGUGAAGCAGAGGCACCGGGCCAUCGCCAGCGGCUUUGGCUGGACGACCUCAUCGCUGCUUUGAACCGCUGCAGCGGCGCUCCCUUCCAGGCUGCAUACCAGAAGUUGAUGCAGACCCCUGGCUCCAGCCACCUCAUGGGCAACCUGAUCUCCUAUGCCCUGGAGUUUUGCUUUGUAGGGAAAGUCGUCGUUGGAAAGAAAUGCAUGAAGGAUUGGAGCUCGCUCCGACCAGCAUUGCAAGACAUCCUGCAUGCGGCCUUGCGGAAAGCCAAUGCUGAGCUACCUGCAGGUGACUCCAUGGAAGAAGUGCUGGCCAAGCUGGUGGACGAGCUGGCUCGCAGUGGCAAAGCGCCUCCGACGGCGGAAGCUGCAACAACCGAAACACCACUCGCAAGGAAUAAGACCAUCAUCGCAGACAAGCAGAAGACGGCAGCGUGCAAGAAGUUCCUUACGCAGAACAACGACAAGAAUUUCUUGAAGCAUCCAGCCCUCGUCUCGACUAUGAAGCAUGUUCGCGAGGUUCACUGCCAAUGCCCACAACCGGGCCAGUGGGAUGCCCCAGCAGAUGGCUUUUGUGAUUUGCACGAUCGCAAGAUGCACAACACCUUGAGCAACUUGGUUUGGAGCGUGGCAAAGACGCUGGAGAGCGAAGACUUGAUCCCGGCGGCAGUGUCCGAUGUGGGCAAUGCGGCACUCGCCCUGACCGUCUUUGUGGAUGACGCGCAGAGAAAGGCCACCAACCAGGACUGA